CUCAUUUAGAUGUAGCACCGGUUCUGUGAGUUUGGCUUCGCUGCACGGAUCCGAACAGAUCGCAUAAACAGCGACAUAAAAACACUUGAACUCUCAUUUCAGCGACAACAGGAGGGACGGUUCACCCCAUCAAUAUGGGAGAAAACAUAAUCAUCCGUGUCCAGUCUCCAGAUGGAAUGAAAAAAAUACCAUCAACAAAGCGUGAGACAGCUGCAGCUUUCCUCAAGAAGGUUGCCAAGGAGUUUGGCUUCAGUUCAAAUGGCUUCUCUAUCUACCUGAACCGGAACAAGACUGGAGAGAUUCUGUCACAGAAUAAGGCCCUCAGUAUACUGAAAAUCAAGCAUGGCGACAUGCUUUUCCUCUACCCAUCCUCAGCUGGACUCUCCAGUGAGAAUAUGGACACUGCUCAGCCUCACACUUCUUCUUCCUUCCCCUCCUUCCCUUCUUCCUCAUCCUCAUCCUCAUCAUCUUCCUUAUCCCGCUCACACUCUGCACCACAGAUCCCAGAAGACGACAUUGACCAGUAUUUGUCCAAACAGGAGGGAAAGAUCUACAGAAACAGAGACCCACAGCUGUGCCGGCAUGGUCCCAUGGGGAAAUGUGUGCACUGCGUACCUUUGGAACCUUUUGAUGAAGACUAUUUGAACCACCUUGACCCGCCAGUAAAGCACAUGUCCUUUCAUGCCAACAUACGGAAACUCACUGGCGGCGCAGACAAAGGGAAAUUUGUGGCUCUUGAGAAUAUCAGCUGUAAGAUUAAAUCUGGCUGUGAGGGUCAUCCGCCCUGGCCAGAGGGCAUCUGUACCAAGUGCCAACCCAGUGCCAUCACCCUGAACAGACAGAAAUACCGACAUGUGGACAACAUCAUGUUCGAAAACCACACCAUUGCUGACCGUUUUCUUGACUUUUGGAGAAAGACGGGUAACCAGCGGAUGGGUUACCUGUAUGGACGCUACACUGAGCACAAAGACAUCCCUCUUGGUAUCCGUGCAGAGGUGGCCGCCAUUUAUGAACCACCUCAGAUUGGAACCCAGAACAGUCUUGAGAUGAUUGAGGAUCCCAAGGCAGAAGCAGUUGAGGAGAUCGCUGCCAAGUUGGGCCUACGGAAGGUGGGGUGGAUAUUUACAGAUCUGCUGUCAGAGGACACCAGGAUAGGCACUGUCCGCUACAGCAGAAACAAGGACACACACUACCUGAGUGCAGAGGAGUGCAUUACAGCUGGACACUUCCAGAAUCUACAUGCCAACCCAUGUCGGCUUUCCCCAGAUGGCCAUUUUGGAUCCAAGUUUGUCACAGUGGUUGCAACAGGUGGUCCUGAUAACCAGGUGCACUUUGAAGGGUACCAGGUGUCCAAUCAGUGCAUGGCUCUGGUAAGGGAUGAGUGUCUACUGCCCUGCAGAGAUGCUCCUGAACUGGGUUAUGCCAAAGAGUCCAGCACAGAGCAAUAUGUCCCUGAUGUCUUUUAUAAGGAUAAAGACAAAUUCGGCAAUGACAUCACAUAUUUAGCUCGACCUCUACCAGUGGAGUACUUGAUCAUUGACAUCACAACAACUUUCCCAAAAGAUCCAGUUUUCACAUUUUCCUCCACUCUCCGCUUCCCCAUUGAAAACAGAGAUGCUCUGGGAGAGACUCAGGACUUCCACAGUUUAGCAACAUAUCUUUCCCAGUGUACUUCCUCCUCAACCUUCCUGGACAUCGUCUCAGACUUCCACCUGCUUCUCUUUCUUGUCACCAAUGAGGUCAUGCCCUUACAGGACAGCAUUGGGCUACUGCUGGAUGCAGUAAAGACAUCCAAUGAGGAACUGGCUCAGACCUGGAAGAAAUCCGAGCAGUGGGCCACCAUCGAGCAGCUCUGCAGCACAGUGGGCGGGCAGCAGUCUGGAUCUCUGGAUUACGCCAUGGGCGGCCCAACUCUCCCACAAUCCUCUUCAGCCGUGUGGUCCUGCCUCCACUGCACCUUCAUGAACCAGCCCGGCACUGAGCACUGCGAGAUGUGUAGUUUGCCCCGCAGCUAAAAACCCCACAGAUUAGGGCUGCACCACACAUCCCACCAGGAACAGCAGUGAGAGUGGGCGUGCUUCCCUGUAUUCCUGCCAUUUUAGUAUGCCUAAUCCUUAACUCCCCUCCCUCACUGACUAUGUCGGAUCUAAAUGCAGUUUCCGGCACGUGCUCGAAUAUGUGCCCAAUCAAAUGCCGUGAGCUGCAUCAUUUCGAUGAUUGGUGGCCGAAGACGAUGGGGUGUACCCAUGUAGCGCACUCUGUGUGAGACCAGUGCAUUCUGGGACUUUUAUUUAGGUAAAGCACUUGGGCAAAGCUCCUCCCACCCCACUCAUCUCCCUUUGAGGUCCAAUGUAACGUUUCGGCGCCAUUGGUAAAAUAUUAUCAAUUUCUUUUUUCCCUCCCAACUCUCACUGAGGAUGUCGUGUAAAUAAUAAACAGAGAUCUAAUAAUGCUGUUAUUUAAUUUCAAAUUAAGUUUUUUCUUUUUUUUUUUUAUGCUAGUUAUAUGUUGAGAGAGAGCCAGUUCAAUCCCAUUUUCCGGAAAUACGUUUAGCGUGUUUUUUCGCAUACACCAAAAUAAAACAAAAAACAUAAAGAUGGUCCAUUGCACUCAUCCAUUCACAUCUUCCUGAUUUCUUUGAUCCUCAACAGUAGUGUUGCAAGUUCAGAACACUUUCUUAAUGUCCAUGCUAUUUUCUAUUUUCACUUUUUGGGUGGUGAGUGUUUUAGAGUUUGUUCUUAAUUGAAGUCUGAAUGUUUGGUUUUGGCACAGAUCCAGAGAGUAUUUCCUUAUCAUCAAAACUGACCUCAGAAGGCUUAAGAAGCUAUGCUUUGAAAGUGGUUCGGUUUACGUUUGCUUUGCGAAAACUGUAGCUAAUCAUCUUUAGUGCUGGGACACUUUUCUGCACCAUUUCACUGUCAUCCCCCUUUCAUGAUUAAUUUCCCCUUCCAUUCCCCCUGGUGCAAGUCCAGAUUUGGACUUUUUCCCACUCUUCAGCCCCAGAGAUUUUCAUAGGGUUCUGUCAGGACCAUCUCUUAAAAUUCACUUGUCGACCCAGUGAAUCUCACACCUUGCCAAGAAAUAGGUUGAUUGAUGGGGAAUGAACAUAAUUGAUAUAGAAGGACCAUUCAAAACUUGAGUCCUCUUGAUUUACAUAUUUGCCUUGGAGUUUGUUUAUUUCUGAAUAAGAGAUGACUGUUUUGUAAACCAGCUUCAUAGAUCUUGCUUGGUGAAGAUUUGUGGUUUGUGGAGUGUAACGGAUGCAUUCUUCUUAAGACAAGAACUGUCACCUUUUGACAGUUUCAUUUGGUCCAGAUUUGAAGUGUUUUAAAAACCAGCCCAAAGACACACACUCUAAGUAUGUAUUUUGGAGAAUUUCAGCCUUCUGAAAUAAAGUGAU